AGAACAGGUCUAUUUCUUUUUUUCUUCAGUAUUCGAAUUAGAGACUAGAGAAGUACCUAACAAAAAAAUACGAGCGAACUCAUUUACCAUGAAGCUAGCUCAAAAAUCUAUCGCCUUGAGCACACUCUUACUGCCAGGUGCGCUGGCAUGGGGAAGUUUGGGACAUAUCACUGUGGCUUACAUAGCGACAAAUCUGGUCAAAGAUGAUACCACUGCAUUCUUCCAGCACAUCUUACAAAAUGACACCGAGCAUUACCUCGCUGGGGUAGCUACCUGGGCAGAUAGCAUCAGGUACACAAAAUGGGGGAGAUUCUCAAAGAAUUUCCAUUUCAUCGAUGCGAAAGACACCCCGCCCACGUAUUGCGGCGUAGACUUCGAGAGGGAUUGCAAAGAAGAUGGCUGCGUCGUGAGCUCCAUCCAAAACUACACGUCUCAGCUGCUUGAUACCAAGCUGUGGCCGUCGCGCAGGAACCAAGCUGCUAAAUUUGUUGUUCAUUUUGUCGGUGAUAUCCACCAGCCUCUACACGUGGAAAAUGUCGCGUAUGGCGGCAACGGUAUCCACGUCAAAUGGGAGUCGUCCGAAUUGAAUCUACACCACGUUUGGGAUACAAGCAUCGCGGAAAAGAUGCUGGGAGGCAUUCACAGGAAGCCUUAUGUGGCUGGGUUAGCAUGGGCAGCCAACCUUACCCAGCAAAUUAAGUCUGGCAAGUAUGAGGCAGCCAGUAAAUCUUGGAACAACGGUCUUAGUUUCGACGACCCUAUACAGACCGCGAUGGGCUGGGCAAAUGAGUCUAAUGCCUUUGUUUGCUCCCACGUGCUUCCGGAAGGACCCAAAGCAAUUGUUGGCCAGGAGCUUGCCAACGAUUACUAUGAAAAGGCCGCCCCCGUAAUUGAACUUCAGGUGGCGAAGGCGGGAUACCGCCUUGCAACUUGGUUAGAUCUCAUUGCUGAGAAGGCUUCUGGAACGGUCGAACCUGUCGACGAGCUAUGAUGGGAGGCUUUCGGGAUGGCCU